AUGAUCAGGAGUCCGGAGUACGAUGAUAAUCCGAGGAGUACGAAUAUAAUUUUUCAUCGAAAUCAUCCAAAUGAAAGAUUAGGUUUAACUCUUUGUUAUGGUAUAACAUCAAAAUCAACUACUAAUAUUUAUAUUCAACAAGUUGAUAAAGAGAGUAUAGCAGGUCAUCGGGGUGAACUUCGAAGUGGUGAUCAAAUUAUUAAAAUAAACAAUCAUCGUGUUAUAAGUCGAGACCAAGCAAUCAAUCUUGUAAAUGGUGCUUGUCAUAUUCUUUUACAAAUUGUACGUUUUCAAGUUAAUUGUCUUCCAAUAAUUCAAUCAAUACCAUUAAAUGAAGAUGAUAAUGGUGUUGUUCUUGCUUGUAAUACAGAUAUUGAAACAACAAAUCAAAAAUCUUCAAAUGAAUGUAAUAAUUUAAUAAAAAGUUGUAUUAGUUUAUCAUCAUCUACAUUAAAUAAUAAUUGUUUAUAUUGUCGUCGUAUACAAUCGUAUACAGAUCAAUUUCAAUAUCGUCGUUGUUUAUCAUUAAAUGAUUUAAGAUCAUGUAUAAAACAUGAAGAAAAACAAAUUCAAUAUAAAAAACCUUUAAUUCGUUCUCAAAGUCUUUUGGAAAUAAUAACAGAUAAUGAACAAAUUAUACUUAAACCAUUACCAUUUAAUAAUCAAUCACAACAAAAUUUAAUUGUUAAACGUCGAAAUGAUAGUGAUAGUAGUCGAUCAAAAUCAAAUGAUUCAUAUCAUUCUCAUUACAAUAAUAAUCAUAAUCAAUGGACAUUAAAACGUUUUCGACGUCGUUGUCGUGAACAACGUUUAAAAGAACAAUAUCAAACAACAGAUGAUAAACCAAUGAGUGAAUUAAAACAAGGUAAAUAUUGGACACGACAACAACGUAAAGAACAUUUAGCUAAAAUAAAACAAUAUCGACAACGUGCAAAAUUUUUUCAACAACGUUCAAUAAUACCUUAUUCAGAUUCAGCAACAGAAGAUCUUAAUUUAUUAAAUCGUAUAUUCAUUCAAGAAAGUCAACAAGAAUUAAAUGAAAAACUAUAUUUAGCUUAUAAAUAUGGACAACAAUCAUCAAUUGAAAGAAAUCGAUUAAAACGAAUGAUUCAACAACAUUAUUUUAAUAGAAUUAAAUCUCAAUCAACUGCAACUAUAUCAAUUUCUAGUACAAUUAAUCAACCUCCAUUGGUUAUUCUUUGA